CCACAAAGAAAGGUACUUUUUCAAAUGUGUGCACCUCCCGAGCAGCAGGAUGUUCAGGAAAACUACUUGCAGGAACACAGUCAGUGAUGCAGUGAGUUUCCACCAAGACCAAGCCCUCAACACAACUAUAUUUCUUCUGAAAUCCUUCGGCCCAACAAGAUUUCUACUCAGAGAGGAGGGAGAGGUCAGGAACUUCACGGUGUGCUUGGGUGACCCACAUUUGUGCACUUGCCCUGUAUUCACCAAGGAGCAGGAGCCAUGCAAACACAUCUGCUGGGUUUUACUGCGGAAAUUCAGACUACCCAGAGAUCAUGAAUAUUCGUUUCAGCUUGGACUUGUGGAGAGACAGAUCUUGGAGGUGCUCCAUGGUUUACACCAAACCAAAGACUACCGGACAGAAAAUGAUCCAUCUGCUGCUUCUGGGACUCCGAGCCAACCAGUCACUGGCCAGGAGGCUGGAAAUGUCUGCCGGAAAGUGAUCCAAGCCCAGGAUGUGUGUCCUAUCUGUCAAGAAGUGCUGCUGGAGAAAAAACAGCCUGUGUCUUACUGCAGGUUCAGUUGUGGCAACAAUGUCCACAUCUCUUGCAUGAAGGUGUGGGCGGAUCAUCAGAGACUGUCAGACAGGAAAGAAACAGUGAAGUGCCCUCUGUGCAGGGAGGACUUCAGCUCUCUGAAGUUACUCGAAGAGCAGGUGAAAAAUGCAGCAAAGCUCUUCACUGCCUCUGAGAGAGAGAAGCCAGACAUGCACCUGGGAGUUCUUUGUGACAGCUGCCGGCUCUGCCCUGUCACUGGCAAAUGUUUCAAAUGCACAGUCUGCAGAUACUUCUAUCUAUGUGAGGACUGCUCAAAGAAGGGCUGUCACCCACAGCAUCCAUUUGCUUCACGAACAAAAAGGAGAGAAAAGUGGCACCGUGUGUCCGACGACCUGAAGGAUGAACCAAGGGGAGCAACCCCUCAGUCAGUAAACGGCAGCAUCAUCCCUGUAGCUGCAGACCCUCUACCAGAACAUGUGUUGGACUGUCUUCCUACGGUCAGAGUGAGACCGGGGUCUCGGCUCUUGGAUGUGGGACAACAGUGUCGGAUCUGUCUGCUGGAUUUUAGUCUCGGCCAACAUGUCCGAACUCUGCCCUGCCAUCACAAGUUCCAUGCCAACUGUGUGGACGGGAUCCUGCGGAAGUCGAACUCCUGCCCCUUGGAUGGAUAUGUCAUUUAUAACCCCUCGAUUUGGAGGACCAGUGAAAGAAAGACCUACCCUAAGUUGUUCUGUGCCACACCACCAGAUAAUAACUUAAAAGACCUGUUUAUUCCAGGAGUGGCACUGCGGGACAGGAACACUAUUGUCUCUCCCUCACACAGUUCUCUUAAUUUAGAAGUGCUAACAGGCUCUUCAGUAACUUUAAACACCCCACACCAGUUAUUAACUGAUAGGUUUCAGGGCUUGUGCAUAGCUACAGACACUGUGAAGAGCUGUUAUGGUCGUGUGAAUGAUUUGGCAAGAGGUGAUCUAUUAUAAAGAUCAUCUGAGUAAGUGUAACAACAAUCAGAGAGCAACCACAGCUGAACCUUUCUGUAGGUUUGUGUAGAACCGAGUCAGACCACGCAGCUAGACUGCAACCCAAAAGGACAUACGGCACAGCAGCCAUUAAAGAUACGAACAACCGACUCGUUUCAGAGCUCAGAAUGUCGGGAGUCUUGAUAAACACGCAGCAACAAAGGAAGACAGACUUAGACUAAACCAAUCAAUAAAUAUACAUGUGUAACUCUUUAAUCAGAAAGAUGUCAAUCUGAAAUGUUGUUUUUGUGUGACUCUGCUAAAAUGUAUUUUAUACAUAAUUAAAUAUGUUGAAAAAGAAUAAAAAAAGCUUCUGAACAAUAAUGGGUAUCAAGUAAGUUUAUUAAUUUUGUGCACAAAAAGGCAAGACUAAUAACACUACCAUCAUCACAGAGGUGAACACAAGGGUGCCCAUUUAGGAAGAAACAAAAGUCCAUGAGUUUCAAUGGCGAGACACGAGAGGAGCACACUAUAGAACACAUUCAAAUCAAU